AUGUUCGCCACACGCCUUGUGCGCUUCACUGCCGGCCGGGCGGUGCGGGCGAGCAACGCCUCUACGAGCGUCGCCACGCUGGCGCCGCGCCUCAAGGCGAGCACCAACGUGACGGGCGUCGACGUGCACCCCUCGCCGCUGUCGGCGCUGGCCGAGACGUACACCAAGACGCUGUCGCUGCUGUCGAGCCUGCCCGAGUCGUCCGUGUACCGGCAGAGCACAGCGGCGCUGACGCAGCACCACCUCGACGUCGUCCAGCGCGCCCUCGACGCGCAGCGCGGCCACGAAAACGACGCGCAGAAGAUCGAAGACCUCAUCAGGGAGACCGAGGAGCAGCUCGAAUGGCCCUAUGUCGAGGACGGGCUGCGUCAGGCCAAGACCGAGCUCGGCCUCGUCGCAAACAUGCUCGAGUGGAAGGCGUGGGAGCCGUUGGAGCACCCUCCCCCGCCGAACCAGUGGCACUACUUCAGCAUGGCCGAGGAGGCGGGCGAGGGCGGCGAGGACCAGAACGUCGAUGGCGGCAAGCAGUAA